CGAGCGGUGCUGCGUCUGCUCUCGCGCAGCAACGUCACAUCCGCUACUCCUGUUGACAACAGUACGCUUCCGGUCGUGUAAUGCACCGUCGUGUUCUCCUGAAAUAUUUGAUUAUAUCGUUUUUGUGCAUUUUUAAGUGAAAUUAUUCGGAAAACACUCUAAGUAAGUCCCGCCUGCAGCGCGCGCUCGGUGAGGCGCUGAUGAAUUGACUGACGUGUGUGAAUCAUAAUCAGUUCAGAUAUUGAUGAAGUAGUGCAUUGAUCAGGGAAGAUGAUGAAGAGAGCGGCGCGACACGCGCGGAGGAGCAGAGCGGGCAAGCGAGCCUGUAACCGAGCGAGGACGGACGAGCACACGGCGGCGGACACCGGCCGAAUGAGCACUGGAUUCUGUCGACUCUGUCAUGGGAAGUUUUCCACGCGGCGGCUGCGGCAGGCGUUUGCGCAGCUGCAAGGUGAGUCCUGCGCCGUGUACCCACUCUUCUGCACAGACUUCCAGCAGCUCUUAGGAAUUCCCAUGAACAGAGACCCCAGCCUGUCCCAAUUCAUCUGCAACAACUGCCAUGCUCAGUUCUACAAGUGCCACAGCAUCCUGCUGGACUUCAGGAACCGAGUCAACCUGACGCCCGUCUCCAGAGACAGGAACAGCACUGAAUGCUCGUCGUCACAGGAAGACAUCGCUUUAUUCCGGUCACACAUCACAUCAGACAGACGGUGUCUGCACAGUCUGGUGUCAUGGGCUCACAGUCAUGCGGAGGGCUGCCAUUCCUGCCCUGACCUGCAGGAGGUGCUGGAGGGCCAGUGUCGAGGGGCCCUGAAGGUGGUGUGGAGAUGUGUGGACGGUCACACUUAUGUGAUGGACACCAACGGCGCUCAGGCCAGAUCAAACGCUGGACCGGAAACCACUAAAACUCAAUGUGAUGACAGAGAAAAAGCAAACAAAGAGGACCACCAAUCAGCAUCAAGAACUAACACCAUCGACACGGCGAGAUCAGGUGAAGCUGCUGCACCUCAGAAUCACAGCAGUGAUGCAGACCGAACACAAGACACGCAUACCUGUGAGGAGACAGCCACUUCAGUAGCACCACUGCUGAUGGACGGAGAUGAUGUGGACAGCGAUCUCUCAGACAAAAAUGUGUUGAGUGAUGAAGAGUGUGAGGACAGGAGGAAGAGUGGUUCAUCUGAAGACAGCUCAGAUCUGAACACUGACAAGCGUUGUUCAAAGAGAAAAGAGACCAAGACACUGGAACCCAAAGCCAGGAGGAAACCUGGACCCAAGCCUGGCUGGAAGAACAACAUCAAGGCAGAGCGAGAGGAGCUGCCCACCAUCUACAAGUGUCCUCACCAGGGCUGUACAGCUGUCUACAGAGGAGCCGACGGCAUGAAGAAACACAUCAAGGAGCAUCACGAGGAGGUGCGGGAGAGGCCGUGUCCACAUCCAGGCUGCAACAAGGUCUUUAUGAUCGACAGAUACCUGCAGAGACACGUCAAACUCAUCCACACAGAGGUGAGGAACUACAUCUGUGACGAGUGCGGCCAGACGUUCAAGCAGAGGAAGCAUCUGUCAGUGCAUCAGAUGCGUCACUCCGGAGCCAAGCCGCUGCAGUGUGAGGUGUGCGGCUUCCAGUGCCGUCAGCGGGCCUCGCUCAAGUAUCACAUGACCAAGCACAAGGCAGAGGCGGACCUGGAGUUUGCUUGUGUGAUCUGUGGCAAACGCUUCGAGAAGGCGCACAAUCUGAACGUGCACAUGUCUAUGGUGCAUCCUCUCCUGCAGGGCGGCAGCGGUUCAGUUCCUCCAGACUCGUCCGCCGGCAGCUCAACACGAGCAGACGAGGGCCGACAUCAGCUGUGUGCUGGACAGUCUUCAGUCCAAACUCACUGA